AUGGCUUUCGGACCCCCUAGAGGCGGACGUGGCGGUGGCCGUGGUGCUCCCCGUGGUGGCGGUGGUGGUCGAGGUGGCUUUGGAGGUGGUGCUCCCCGUGGCCGUGGUGGCUUUGGGGGUGGUGGCCGUGGUGCCCCUCGUGGUGGCCGUGGUGCUCCCCGUGGUGGCCGCGGUGCUCCCCGUGGUGGCCGUGGUGGUGGUAAGCCCGGUGCCCGUGGUGGUGCCAAGGUGGUUGUUGAACCCCACCGUCACGCUGGUGUCUUCGUCGCCCACACCGGCAAGGAAGAUCUGCUGGUCACCAAGAACCUGACUCCCGGUGAGGCCGUCUACGGCGAGAAGCGUAUCUCGGUCGAGGGUCCCGCCGGCGACGAGGGCGCUGUGACCAAGACCGAGUACCGCGUGUGGAACCCCUUCCGCUCCAAGCUGGCGGCCGGUAUCCUGGGUGGUCUGGACGACAUCUACAUGCGCCCGGGCUCCAAGGUGCUGUACCUGGGUUCCGCCAGCGGUACCUCGGUCAGCCACGUCGCGGACCUGGUCGGUCCCACCGGUAACGUCUACGCCGUCGAGUUCUCGCACCGCUCCGGCCGUGACCUGAUCGGCAUGGCUACGCACCGCACCAACGUCAUCCCCAUCGUCGACGACGCCAGACACCCGCUCCGCUACCGCAUGCUCGUGCCCAUGGUCGAUGUCAUCUUCGCGGACGUUGCCCAGCCCGAUCAGGCCCGUAUCGUCGGCCUGAACGCCCACAUGUUCCUCAAGGCCGAGGGCGGUGUCAUCGUCAGUAUCAAGGCCAACUGUAUCGACAGUACCGCCAAGCCCGAGGUCGUCUUCGCCCGUGAGGUCCAGAAGAUGAGAGACGAGAAGAUCAAGCCCCGGGAGCAGUUGACUCUGGAGCCCUUCGAGCGUGACCACUGUAUAGUGUCGGGUCUGUACAAGCGUUCUGGAUGA